AUGUGGAAGAAAUUAGGGUUACCCAGACCACCCAGCCCCUCUGACAGUGACGAUGAAGCGUGGGACACACCACCAACAACCACCACCAAUUUCGGUUUCCGGGCUGUUACAACCAACACCGAGACACCACCGGCCACAAGUACAGAAACAGGACGCACCGACUCACCAGCCGUCCAGAUAUAUCGCCGGCAAACGAAACGGCAAAGAACGCCGCCAUCCACAAUAGCCCCGACGGCAGACCCUGAGGGCAAAAAGUUACUCGAAGCCACCACUCCCACCGGCAACAGCCAGAAACGGCCAAGAACUCAGUCGCCACCGAGGUCAGAGCCAGAGUCGAAACCUACCAUCGCCAAAGAAACUGAUGCGCCCACGGAUCUGCCACGUGAUGUGCCCACCGAUUCCACCACCGAUGUGCCCAUGGACACGACUACUGAUGCGCCCAGCAAUGUGCAAAGCACUAUGCCAAGCGCUAUGCCAAGCGCUGAUAUGCCCACUGAUAUGACCAAGGAUCUGCCAAGUGCUGCGCCCAGCAAUGUGCCACACGCUGUGCCCAACGAUGUGCCUACUGAUUUCACCAGCGCUGUGCCCAGUGAUACGCCCACGGACUUACCAAGCGAUACGCCUGGCGAUGUGCCCAGCGACACACUAAGCGAUGUGCCCAGCGACGCACUAAGCGAUAUGCCCAGCAAUUUGCCCAGCGAUUUGCCCAGGCCAGCAUACCCAGAUCACAUCGUCAAAGCACUGACAUUCAACAAAAUUUCUGAGCGCACCAGGUUGCUUAAAAUUUCAUCUCUGCCAUGCCACCCUUGGAGCACUGAGACUCCAUUCCCAGGAAUUCGGCAUAGCCAUGGGCUGUGA